AUGGGUGCUGGAGUCAAUGCGGGGUGUGGGUUUGGUGAUGCCAAUCGGGAGCAGAGCCACCCGCAGCAGCGAGAGCAGUGUAUAAGACAACAGAGUCGGAGGAGUUCUGCCCUGGAGAGAGGGGCGUCCCGACUGUCUAGCCCCCUGCGCGUCUGUCCCACACCUGAUCUCCAGCGAACGACCGCGAAACGCAGCAUAGACGAGCUAAAAGCGCGGUUCCUUCGAGUACCACAUAACCGACCCUGCAUUGGAGCUCCAACCCACGUUUUUUCGCGGAAAAACCGCGUUUACAGCCCUAAAGCUCAUCGCUGGGUGUACUGGAGGGGUGAUGGCUCUCGCAGCGCGCAUGGAUGGCACGGGACAGCCGGCCCACCAAGCGUCUCCCGGCGUUACGGCAAUGAAGUUGAUCGGCCAGACAGCGUUAGUCUCGCAGCCGUCGCGGAGCGCUUUUACGACUGCGCACGCGGUGAGGCGCACGCGGGCCGUGAUUGGGCGGCCCAUGCAGGCUACGAACAUUGGAGGGCCGCCGUCAUGUGCGCUGCAGCAACACGCAGCGUCGAGGCUGUCCGGUGGGCGCUUUCCUAUUUUUGCGCCAGCCGCGCAUCCGCCCUUCAGGGAUCACACACGCUGCCUCUUGCGGCGCCGUGCUCAGCAGCGCCGCCGUUGCGCCUCGCCGCGCACCUCAAGGCUCACCACCUGCGUACCCACGCCCACCGCCGCCGCCGCCUGCCCGCAUUGGACGUCAUCGCUGUUCCUGCGUAUCGCCCGCCUUCUCGCGCGCGUCGGCCAGGAGACUCGGCACUGCCUCAUGCUAACCGCCUGUCGCAUGCCUGUCCGGGUUCCACCAUGACCAAACAAGAAGGCACCCGGGGCCUCGCCCACGUUUCAUUAAUCAGUGCCGCGCCGCACCCAAGCUCACUCCCUCGGCCUGCGGCCUGGCGCACCUGCCCCGUCGGCCCUUUGACUGACUUGAUCUUCAUCAAUACGCCCAGACGCCGCGCUGCGACUCUACCCGCCUACAGUGCAACAUUUCGCCCUGCAUCAUGCCGGCCGGUCCACGAGCGCUCCCAUCGGCUACAGCAUGUACAGUGCUCUGCAGCGGGCAUUUCACUGCUGGCUGCUCGGCCCGCUGUCAAGCCGCUCCCUUGCUUCCUCUCAGUCUGCCCAAGAGCCUGCUCCAGCACCAGUACCCACCCAACACCUGCUCGGCGAGCCGCCAUUUUUGUCGGCUAAAGUGACCACUGCAGCAUUCUACCCGUGGUCUCUUGAUCCGCCUUU